GUGCGUGUGGGGGCCCGGGGAUGGGAUGAUUCAUUGCGUGUACUCAUGACAUCGCUGGCUGCUUCCCUACGGCUGCCAACCGGCACGGGUGUCACUGCCUGCCCCGACACGCCACGUUCCCCUCGAGCUGCCUGAGCAAAACUUGGGGUUCGCCCACCCUGGCACUGCUAUGCCGGCCAUCCUGCUCUUCUGGAGCCGCGUGGAGAGGAAUAAGUACUCGGCACCAGGCAGUGUUGCCAUCAUGGGAAAAGACUAUUACAAGAUUUUGGGCAUCCAGUCUGGAGCCAAUGAGGAUGAAAUCAAGAAAGCCUACCGGAAAAUGGCUCUGAAGUACCACCCUGAUAAGAAUAAAGACCCCAGCGCUGAGGAGAAGUUCAAGGAGAUCGCAGAGGCUUAUGAUGUCCUGAGCGACCCCAAGAAGCGAGCCGUGUAUGACCAGUACGGGGAGGAAGGUCUCAAGACUGGAGGUGGCUCUUCAGGUGGCUCAGGGAACACUUUCCACUACACCUUCCACGGAGACCCCCAUGCCACCUUCGCAUCUUUCUUUGGAGGCUCCAACCCUUUUGAUAUCUUCUUCGCUAGCAGCCGCUCCCGGGUGUUCAAUGGCUUUGACCAGGAAGACAUGGAUAUUGAUGAUGAUGAUGAUCCUUUCAGUGCCUUUGGCCGGUUUGGCUUCAACGGCAUUAAUGGGGUUCACCGGCGGCACCAGGAGUCCCUGCACACACGGAGGAAGGUCCAAGACCCACCCAUUAUCCACGAGCUUAAGGUAUCCCUGGAAGAGAUCUACCACGGCUCCACCAAGAGAAUGAAGAUCACCCGCAGAAGGCUCAAUGCUGAUGGCCGGACCACGCGGACUGAGGAUAAGAUCCUAAACGUUGUCAUCAAACGGGGUUGGAAGGAGGGAACCAAAAUCACAUUCCCCAAAGAAGGGGAUGCCAUGCCGGACAACAUUCCUGCUGACAUUGUCUUCAUCCUCAAAGACAAGCCUCACUCGCACUUCAAGAGGGACGGGACGAACGUGGUCUACACCGCAAACAUCAGUCUUAAAGAGGCAAAAAGACAGUUGGAAGGUCCUGUUGGCUGGAAACCUGAGGUCUAGCCGCUAUACCUGUUCCCUUUCUGCUUCCUAUUGCAUGGCCAGAGAUGUUUUCCUGGCAUGUGUACCUGUGCAGCCCACUGUGUCGCAUGCUGGUGGGUACCAGCCAGCAGAAGAGCUCCAGCAUGCCUGGGAUAAUCCCUUCCCUCCAACCUUCCCUUCCCUCCAACCUGCCAGAGCCACAGCCAUGCAUCCCCUGCUCACAUGGAGCCAGCGAUGAACCUCCUCCUGCUGCCAGAAAAAGCUUGUCUGGGAGGCAACCCAGCACAGAUGGGAUGUGCAAGGAGACAGCAGGCUCCAGCUUUCCUCUUCUCAGCUCACCUGAGCCCUAGAGCCAAGCCCAGCAUAGGUGGCUCUGCGUUCACUUUGGUGCAAAGCCCUGGCACUGCAGCAGAAGCAGCAGCCUUCAGCCUCAAGCCAGGGGUCAGCAGGGAAGAAGGGCUGCUACUGCUGCUGCCUCCUGUUGCUCUGGCACUGGAGGCUUUUCCUGGGGAGGAGGCUGCAGAACAUCCUCCCCCACUUCCCUUGCAGGGUGUCUUUUGGGGACAGGCAGGCUGGGACCCCCAGCCCCCAGCCCGAGGGGACAAGUGCUUUGUGUGCAGGACAGGACCAGCCUGUACCAGCCCCAGCAAAUCCUCCCCUUACAGAAGUAUUGCUCUGCAGUCCUCUGUCAGCAGCAACCUCUCUCCUUGCUGAAAGCCUGGAGACACUGCUGUCCACAUGUACGGCAGAGCUGUCUGAGUUAUUUAAGGACACAAGGAUUUUCUUGCUGCAUUCCCACAUCACGUGGCUCGCUAAUGCAGGCCGGCUUGCAGCUGCUGCUGGCUUCUGCAGGAGGCAGUGCCCGGCCCGGGAUGGGGAUGGGGAUGGCAACCUGGAAAAUCAUCUCCUGGCUUUGCAGUGGGGGAAUGUGGCUGCUUUGCAAUGGGGGGAACGUGGCUACGUGGAGGUCCCUGCAGCAGGGAUGCAGGGCAUGCCCAGGCCACUCCGCCCAAGCCUGUGGUUUCGGGGAACCAUCUCGUUCUUGCUUCCUUCUUGGUCCACUGAGGUAUAAAAAUAGCCGGGGUAGCAGCGCAGUGCAGUAACCCAACCCUUU